AAGGGCACUUCCUGUUGUAUAAUGGCGUCCAGCGAGUCGGAGUAGCGUCGAUGUUAAGAAAAAAGAAAAAUGUUUAUUCGCAGGAAGCAGGGAAAGGGUGGACGCGGAUAAUUCAGCCACCUUCCAGCGCGAGCUCGAUCUGCAAUGCCAACUUAGAGCUCUUUCGUUUCGUGCACUAGCGUGCAGUCUUGCCGCAAAUCGCUGCAACCGCUGCAACGAUCGGGUUUGGGCAGCCGUGUUGGCCAGUUCGUCUCGUUGGCAGCGAGGGAUUAUCCACCGUUAGCAGGCGAGUCUGCUGUGAACCCGGCACGUGAGCACUCCCUGAAAUCGGCAGGACAUCAGGCACUAUGUGUGGCUCCGCUCCCGACUGCUGCGCAGUCCAUCUGUUUGCUUAACGGAAGGAAGCCGUACGGCCACGAUGGAAGAGCUGCCGAACAACAGUCGGAGCAAUUCCGAGGCUGCCUCCCGGAGACUGCUGUCAGAAGAUCCAAGCAGCAGUGGUGCCGUUCAGCCCGGCUUCGUCCGAAACGUUUUCUUCACGGGGAGCGCGCAAGCGUCGGUAGAUUCGACGUCGAGCGACAGCAGUGACUGUUCGGCACUCGCGGGGCCCAGCGCCGAGCGUCCGGGCUCGGCUUGCUCGGCGCCGUGCUCGUCCCCGGGCGCGCAGGCGGCUCCGGCCAGCUGCGCUCAGGGUCCCAAAUUUAAGCUGACCCACGAAGGGGACCUGCAACUGUGCAGGCUCAACCACAGCCGCACGGUGAUCAGCAAGAUUCUCAGCUCCAAGUUCCUGAGGCGGUGGGAAGCCCACAAGAUCCUGCUUGGCACGGCAGAGAUGGCGUCGAAAACGCCGUCUGGCUUCAUGGAAAAUGCCGUGAGCUACAGUUCAAUGGAGGAUGUGUAUCCCUUGCUCCGUUGGGAUCCAAGCCACAAGUUCUGUCUUCGUGUGGUCAUUCCAGAAGGUUCCUUGCUGCUGCAGGCACCCAAUGGCUAUCUGCGUGACCAGUGGCUGCACUCUAUCCUCUGGAAGAAAAGCUUACUCAAGCAUGAGAAAGUCCUCAUGACAUCACGAAGGGUGGAAGUUGUCACUAAAGAGCUUAAGGGCUUGGUUGACUUAGCUUUGACUACCCCCUUGCAAGACAAGAAUAUCUAUCAGCGCCCUGUUGAUAUAUUGUCAAAGUUCCUUGUUCUGAGCAAGGAAUGGCUGCCGGAACAGGCUGUUGAAGACGUAAUUAGGACUGUACUUCCACUCUUGGAACGAACCACACCUACUCCCGAGAUAUGUGAAUAUUUUUGUAAACAUUGUAAGGAAUGUCCCCGAUCAAAGUUGGUUUUCGAAAUGUACACUCCUGUUGUCCACAGAAUACUGAAGCGGAAUAUGGAUUUUGGGAAGUACCCCAUGACACGAUUACUAGUCCAAGAAUAUGUCCAAGCUUUGAACUGCCAAAACUCUGGGUUGCAAGCCGUGGAAGACUUUGUUCGAAGCGUUCAUGGAGAAGGAAGCACAUGUCCACAUCCCCGUGUUCUGCCAAACCUUGUGGCCACAGUACUGGCUGGAGUGUUCUCUUUGUUUGAGGAGCGCAGAUGUGCUGAAGACCGCAAUGACUUGUCAUGUUCGAAUUUGGACUGGGAGGCAAAACAUGACUGCUUUGUGAAACUUCUGGAUGUAAUUGUGGCUUAUGAAGACUGGUGCCUCUCCUUGGGUCAGCUUUUACAGCCAAUUCCAUUUCCCGAUGACGCCCUUGCCUACCCGCGAUUUACUUCGGGUCUGAUGCCCGUGGUGGAGCGGCUGGGCACGGACCCGCGCUGCGAGUUGCACUCGCUGGUGCUGAGCGCACGUGACGGCAAGGACGGCUGGCUGCAGCUGUACUGCCCCGGGUCGGCGGCCUGCCAGGACGAGGGAGCCCUGUGGAGCCGGCUGCUCGGCACGCUAGUGGGCUGCUGCUGCCGCCGCAGGGCCUUCCUGGGGCCCCUGGCCAAGUGGCUGGGGCCCCUGAGCCUGCGGGCCCUGCGGGGGGACGCAUCUUGCCAGGCGGUGCUGUGCGCCAUGCUGGAGCUGGACGCCCUGGAGGCGCCCGACGCCCGGCUACAGGCGGCAGCGGCCCUGCGCGCGGGCGCCUCCCCGCACUAUGGCGCCCUCUGCCGGCGCCAGGGUCAGGCACGCCAGCUGCAGCUCCGGGGCGGGCCCCGCAAGCUGACGCUGCCUGCACGCUCGACGGAUGCUGACUUGGAGAAGCUGUUGAGCUGUGGGUCGUUUGGGAACUUGGAAUGCCUCUCACUGGCCUUCACUCAAGUGACCAGUGCCUGUGCUGAGCACCUCAUCAAACUACCUUCCCUACGGUAUCUCAAUCUGUGGUCCACGCAGUUUGGCGAUUCCGGACUGAAGCUAAUCUCGGAGCACCUCCCGAAACUUCAAGUUCUGAACCUGUGUGAAACUCCAGUCACUGAUAAAGGGCUUACCUCACUUGAAUCUAUGAAAAGUUUACGGAAGUUGAAUCUGAACAGCACCAGUCUCUCUGCACAAACAUUUGAGUGUCUAAAGGAAAAGUUGCCUGCAUUGCAAGAGUGUGAUGUUCGCUACACUGAUGCCUGGUAGAGGGUUACCAGGGUCAACAUCUGAGAGAGAAUCUUCAUUCAUCUGUUUGCCACCGUCCUGUAUUGAAAUUUUUCCAUUCACUUUUUUUAUGCUCUCCAUUUGACUUGUUUCUCAUUUCACAAAAACUUAUAGCCCAAGUAGUCCAGGUAAUAGCUCAGUGCUUUCCCUAUGGAUACUGUUUUGCUUUUUUAAUUCUUGACAUUCCUCCAUCUUCUGAUACCUGUGUGCUUGCACUGUGAUGAGGAGAGCAUGCUUAUUUUUUCAACUGCACUGGUUUCAUAAGAUAUAAAAAGGAGUAGGAAAGGUUUUGGAGGCCUUUUGUCUCGGGCAUUUUGGAAGCCUCAUAUUUUGUUUUGUUUUAUAUGAUGGGCUAGAAAAGAAUAGCAGAAAUAUACUAGCCUAUCCAAGUUUGGUUGGUUGCUUGGGUAAAGUUCCUUUGUUUGCAUUUGACUAUUAUUUAUUAUAUUUAUUUUACCAAUUAAGGUUUGCUGAUGUAAUACACAAACACGACUAGGCUGUUGCCUGUUUUGUUUGAAGCAUUUACAUAUUUGCAGUGUGUGUUUUGCGCUCAACUCAUGCAGUGCAUGCGCUUUAGUUUUUUUGUUUUUUUUUAUGUGAUGUGUUUCAUUGCUGGUAACAUUGAAAUCCAACUUUUAGUGGUGCUUAUGUUUUCUUUUUCCACAAAUAUAUAAGUGUUCCUGAGUAUGGUGAGCUUACAAUGCCCCUGUGCUUCUUUGAAAAUGGUGGACCAUCUCUCUUUUGUAUUUAGCCGGAGAUGAUGGCAGAGCUUGUAAUGGCACAUAUUUACUAAAUCCAAUGUGCUCCCUGGCCCCUUCUGCUUAUCUGCUCGGACAAAUCACUUGUGGGGGUGCCCCCCCAUUAUGCGCGCCGACAUUUAGCCACUUCCUAGGAGCGGAGGCUGUAUAUUGCCCCAUUUGUUUAGAGUGCAUACUGUACUGAUAACUUGGCUCUACUAAGUUAGCUUCGAUGCUAGUGACACGUGGCAAGAGAAAUUGUUUAAUUUUUUUCUUGAUACAUGGUAUACUCGUGCUUUGUGCAGCUAUGGCCUGGCGCCCAUUUGCACAUUGAAAAGCGCAUUCUUGCACGGUGAAAAGAAAGCAAGAGUUCUCUGGAAUAAGAAUGUGCCUAUUGUUUGCUGGUAGUGAUCCCUCAUUGAUCACUAUAGGAAGCUGAUUCAGGCUUUGGAAGUAGAGCUGGAAACUCAUCUUGUUUGCUCACAGUAGUGUGCUGUAUUUUUGCAGUGAAGAUGCCCGUUUUGAAGCUUGUCACAUCUGAUCAAGCAACAGUACAACCACAAUAACUUACAUCUCUCCUCGAUGCUGAUAUAACAAGUGACUGGCUUGUGCAAGACUGAGUGCCACAUAAGCGAGUGAAAAUUAAAGAAUAUAUUUUGAGCGGUUUCACUCUGGCAGUGCGCCAGCCAAAGUGCAUCAUGCAAGCUGUGCCCGCUGACAUUUUUCUACUAUGCCAACAUGAUGUGUCGAUGUAAUGCAGGAAGCCAACUUCCACAUGAGCUGCAGUGUCCAUGCCUCGGUUUAGGACAGGCCUGCUCAGUGUGUGGUACAAACUGAUGAGCUUCUUUUUUGAAAGGUGUCUGGGGUCGUCAGGUUGUGCGCUUCUCUCUGAGCUUGCACAGGACAGUUGUAGCUAUCGUAUGAAACACAGCUGUAUGCUUGUGUUGCUAAAUACAGUACAAAGUAGAGUACAUUCACCCUAUAAUGGACGCAACUUUCUGCCACAGUAUUGCUUUUGGAAAUAUCCAGUGGUACAGCUUUGGGAUAAAUUAGUUUGUCAGUUGAAUCGUGACAUUUGGUUUUGGAGCACCUCAAGCAAAUCAAGGUACAAAUUAUUUUGACUUUGGGGCACUAAAUCGUGGAUUAGAAAAUAUUGGGGUUUUUUUUUAGGACAAAUCAUUAUGCCUGAUCUGGUAAUACUUGGGAGAUUGGCAUACCGCUUGAGUGAUUUUGUAUGAAUUGGCGACUGGGGACCCUGGUCAGACCCUGGGCUGGUCUGACCAGUGCAAGACCUUGUCUGUCUGGCGUUGGGUGUAAUUGCCCUUGGCAAGCAACAAAGAAACGGCAGCACCAAACAAAGCUGAUCUGGUGCAGUUGUGUCGAAAGUUUUGCCUUAGCAAGCAACGUACAAACCGUCGGACUGUGCUUACAGUGCAUAUCUGCUGGUGCACUGUAUACACACUAACAUAUGUAAGCCUACUUAUUUCUCCCUCUCUAGUGUAGCUUAUUCUUGUGCAGUGUAAGUUUUGGUGUGCCGUUAAUUUUGUGGUGCGCUUUCCCCGACCUUCCAAUAUCAACAAGUUCAAGACUUAUCACCUGAACAGCACAAAUGCAGGAAAAUCUUCUGCUCUCGAGUGCUAGCUCACUUGACACAAAGAUUCAACGUACAAAUUACAAAUGGUGAAGUUAGUGAAUUCAAAGUGUGCAUCUUGCAGGCUUAGCUUUUCCUGUACAAAUGUUUAAAUAGCAGUGUCGGCACCUAGCACUCUACUUAGCGAAACGUUGGCUGCCAUAUAGCUUGCACUUUGGUUGCGUGUCUGUUGGCUUCCUUUCUUGACUUGCCAUCGUCCGCAGGACAGUUGCAACGGGAAGCCCAAGAACCGGUUUCCUGGGUUUCUUUCAGCAAAAUGAGAAGAGUAUCGAGUCUUAAAUAUCAACAAAUAAAGUAGCAUAGAUAUAAUCAAGAAGUACAUAGUUAUGUGCAGCAUUUAAUUGUUGCCUGUUCAUCUAUGAAAAGGUCCUCUUUGCUAUGGUGAUGUGCAAUUAAUAGAAUGUUUUGUCAUUUCAGCUCUGUUUUCUGUUCAACCUUGAACUACCUAAGGCUGAAGUUACUGUAUCAAUGUGGUUCAUUACAUAUGUAUUUAUAAUUGAAACAAAAAAAAAAAAUCUGUGGUUUCAGAGUUGUGUGUUAGUGUUCCGAGUUGCAAAGAGUCAACAGAUGUGGUAUUUUCUUAUAUAAUGUCCCCUCUCAAUAUGUUCUCCCUGCUCUAUGAUCUCCACAACUAAACUCUUUAUUUUUUCAAGUGACCAUAAUAUUGCAUCACUUGUAUUGCUGAAUUAAAGAAUGUGUUCAAGUUCA